ACGGCCGUGCCUCUCUCGGUGGGCGGGUUUAGUGCCUUAGCCCGCCCUUGCUCACGUGACCAGGGAGUUGCUGGUUCCUAUUUCAUCCGCACGCUAGUAGACCCGGCUCUCUCGACCCGGAAGUGAUUCCUGGCGUUGCUUCGUUUCUGCCUGGUCCAUGUGGGCUGCCGGAGGGUAGCGGAGAGAACCGUUUCUUUUCCCAUCCCGACGCCCUCAGUCACAGACGAUGAAGGUGAAGGUGUUGAGCAGGAACCCGGAUGAUUACGUGCGAGAAACCAAGCAGGACCUUCAGCGGGUUCCACGGAAUUAUGAUCCUGCAUUACAUCCCUUUGAGGUUCCACGGGAAUAUACUCGGGCACUAAAUGCAACAAAAUUAGACCGUGUUUUUGCAAAGCCUUUUGUUGCAUCAUUAGAUGGCCACAGGGAUGGCGUUAACUGCAUGGCUAAGCAUCCAAACAGUUUGUCUACAGUUUUGUCUGGAGCAUGUGAUGGAGAGGUUAGAAUUUGGAACUUGAUGAAGCGUGAAUGCACCCGUACAUUGCUGGCACAUGAGGGCUUUGUGAGAGGAAUGUGUACCCGUUUCUGUGGUACAUCUUUCUUCACUGUUGGUGAUGAUAAAACAGUGAAGCACUGGAAAAUGGAGGCGCCAGAUUAUGGGGAAGCAGAAGAACCGCUGAAUACAAUUCUUGGAAAGACUGUGUACACUGGAAUUGAUCACCAUUGGAAGGAUCCUGUUUUUGCUACUUGUGGUCAUCAAGUUGAUAUCUGGGACGAACAGAGAACCAGUCCUUUAUGCUCUUUGACGUGGGGAGUCGAUAGCAUAAGCAGUGUCAAAUUCAAUCCAAUUGAGAUGUACCUUUUGGGAAGCUGUGCUUCAGACAGGAAUAUUGUGCUGUAUGACAUGAGACAAUCAACGGCAUUGAAGAAGGUUAUCUUGGAUAUGAGAACAAAUACGCUUUGCUGGAAUCCCAUGGAAGCUUUCAUUUUCACUGCUGCAAAUGAGGACUUCAACUUAUAUACUUUUGAUAUGCGAUUUCUUGACAAGCCUGUAAUGGUUCAUAUGGAUCAUGUGUCUGCAGUCCUUGAUGUGGAUUACUCUCCUACUGGGAAAGAAUUUGUGUCUGCCAGCUUUGAUAAAUCUAUUCGCAUUUUUCCAGUAGACAAAGGUCAUAGCAGAGAAGUCUAUCAUACAAAGCGAAUGCAGCAUGUCAUUACUGUUAAAUGGACAUCUGACAACAAAUAUAUCUUGUGUGGCUCUGACGAAAUGAACAUUCGUUUGUGGAAAGCUAAUGCUUCUGAAAAACUUGGUGUGCUUGCUCCUCGGGAAAAAGCAGCUAUGAACUACAAUGAGAAAUUGAAAGAGAAAUUCCAGCACCACCCCCAAAUCAAACGUAUAAGUCGCCAUCGUCACUUGCCAAAAAUGAUCUACAGCCAAGCCAGAGAGCAACGCAUCAUGAGAGAAGCUCGUCGACGAAAGGAAAUGAAUCGACGGAAACAUAGCAAGCCUGGAUCUGUACCGCUUGUGUCAGAGAAGAAGAAACACAUUGUGGCUGUAGUGAAAUAAUAGUUUAUAUAAUGGUCUGUUUUAUUGGUUGAAUUAUUAAGGACAAUGCACAUUCCUAUAGGAGAUAAUUAUGACACUUUUACUUUUUAAAUGUCUCCAUUACGAUUGUAAUGUUUGGAUUUUGCAGUAAAAAGGCAUUUAAAAUUUUAUAUCUAGAUAUGCUACUGAUAUAGUUUAGGUUAAUUUUGUGACCUCCAGUAGCAUUUCAUUCUGUUGUACCUUCUGUCAAUCCAAUUUUGUGUCACCUGAAAAAUAGACACAAGUGUUGUAUCCACUGCCAAAAAGGAUGAACAACUUCACUAUGCAACAAGCAGCUUUCCCUUUACUAGAGACUAUAUAAGCAUUCAGCAUGUCAUUUCUAAAAUCCUAUAAAGACACUGGCCUGUGUUUCUUUACUCCACCCACCAACAUAAUUGGGCAGUUGUCAAUAUGUGAUAUUAAAACAAAUAUUUGUGUUGAAUAGUAACUUUGUUGUUGCCUAAUUUAAAGCUUGAACUUUCUAAACUGGAAUGGAAAAAAUAGACAUAACCAUUUUGAAUGUGAUUAACAGCAAAAUGCUGAUAUCUUUUGUACUUAUGGUUACCUUUAUUGGGACAUGAUCAAGACAAAAUUGAGAACUUUUUCACAUCCAUUUCAGUUUAAAAGUUAAGCAGGAUCUGAAUGUCUUUAUUAUAACCAGUGGAGCUUUUAAAAGUUAUUAACUGGCAGGAUCAGGUCUUUUAUUUAUCUGUUUGAAUUUUUAAAAUACUAAGUUUGCUCUUGAAAGAGAGUGAAAUGUUAACCAAGCCUCAGGGAACAGCUAACAGUAAAUUAAAGUUGCAAUCUUAUGGUCUCUGGGAAUUGUGGACCUAUGACCACCCCAGUAGGAUAUUGUGGACCUUCUUGAUGGGUAGGGAAGGAGGUCUGCCCCCAGAGGCCGCAUCAAUGCAGAUGUAGAAACCUGAGUAGCUGAGCUCCUUGUAUGUGGGUGAUGCAUUCAUGAUGGGUCGGGAAUUCUGUAUGAGCAUUGCAUUCAGAGUGCUCUUGAUACUUCAGCCAUACUAGGCCAUACUGUUUUCUAGACCCCUGCCAGUCUGGUAUGGAGGUGUAAGAUCAGAUCCCUGCCCUGCUUUGGAAAUGGGCAGAAUGGGGGAGAGGCUGUGAAAUGAAGUACAUACCGAGUCUACUUAACUAAGCAAAAGAAAGCUAACUUCAUGUGUACUGUGUGAUUCAUUUGUUGCCCUCUCAAUUUGUUACCCGAGUUAUAAUAGCACAGUUCAUCAUUAACUGUCCAGAUAGAAUUAUCUCUAAGCUCAAUGUUGUAGAGAUCAAUUAAAUCAACUAGAAAUUUAGUUCAUUAGAAAUUAAGAGCAUUAUACUAAUGGCUUUUCAAGAAAGAUGUGAGAGAAGCCAUGGUUCUGUUUCCACUCUUGCAACUCUUUAAUUUCGGCUUGAGAUAUUUAGAAAAUUUAAAGACUAUUUUUCAAUCACAGACAUGUUGAAAGCAGAGAAAACUGUAAAAAGAAAGAGAAAGAAAGAAAGAAAGAAAGAAAGAAAGAAAGAAAGAAAGAAAGAAAGAAAGAGAAAAUUGGGGAGAAGCAAAUAAGUUAAAUCAUUUAACAGAUUCUUUUUUUUCCUUGAAAAAUUCACAUAGACUGUUAGUGAUGUCCUCCAUAGGAAUAAUUCAGCAAGUACUCCUGAGACAUAAAGUACUGGUCUCAUAUUGUUGCAUCUCCAAGUAAUGCUGGAAAAGAAACUGAAACACUUGAAGAGCCUCUGCCAAUCAGUGGUAAAUGGACCAGUAGCCUGACUUUAUUUAAGGCAGACUCUUAUGUUCCUGUGAUUUCUGCAAUAAUUUAAACCAUUUGGGGGGCAUUGAUUGAUACUAAACUGGCCAAACAUUUACUAACAGUUGCCUUGUUUUCUGCUUCUAGUUAUGGCUCACAAAAUAAUAUCUGUGGAGUUUCCUCCGCAAAUGAUCAUCAAGCCCUGUGGUGAUGGUCUGGAACUUUGCAUUGUGUGUGCUAUUCAUUACCUACUUCUAGUUCUAUCAGUUUCUACUUAUUCCCUGUGUUGAGUCAUAGUGAGCUAUAAUCGGCUUCUCUAGGAGAAGUGUUUCUAAUUGUGGGAUUGGGUUAACGAUCUGUAUCUAAGCCUUCAGCAAGGAGCUUCUUGCAUCUUAAGUGACAGGAGUAGUAUCAGCAUGGUCCUAAGUGCUAAUUUUUCUGAAAAGAGCCUAAUGGGUGCAGAGCUCUACAGAGGAUUUUAUCCACAGGAACAAAAGACCUGAAAAAGGAAGGGGAUGUUGACCAUAGGAAAAUGCUGCAUCGUAGAUGAGAUGAAAGUAGCACAUCAGCAAAUUUCUUUACCAGACUGUGUUGAUGACAGGAAAUGAUUUCUCAUGCCAUAAGCAUUCAGGACACAAUAAGCCAAAAUUAUUUUUCCUACAAAGCAAGUAAUCUAGUUUUUAAAAUUGAAGGAGAAAUAUUUAAUUGGUACAGCUGGAUAAAUAAAGGUGUAUUUAUAGAUAAGCUAUUUGAGGAAUAGAGCCUGUUAGGGUUUUUUUUUUGAACUAGUUAAGGCAAAAAUUUAACCUUUACGAACAAAUCCAUUGACAAUAUUUGCAGCUGCAUCUUUUUGCAAUAGAGUAUUUGCAAUCAGAAAAUACUGGGAUGUUUCUAAUAAACCUGUAUUUCAGAAUAAUCCUUCUCUUUCUGGUUGUCUCUGAAGCUCCAAAAACAUCAGUGUAAAAUAUCCCAACAACAAAAUGUGUCCUAUCAAAAAUUUAAAAAGCAUAGAAUAAAUAAUUGGAUUAAAAUGGCAAUCUCAAAGUGUAGAACAAAAUGGAAUGCAUUUGUUGGGAAAGUUUAUGUAAAGUAUCUCUUUUUCAAAUAUAUGAAAGUAAAAGUAUUUCCCAGUAUAAUAUAUAUACCUUGGGGGGGGGGUUGGGGUUUUUGUUUUUUGUUUUGCAUUUUUUGCUCUGCCCAUGUUUGCCUCUGGCCACACGCAUCACUGGCAUGUGGCCCCUGGAAGGGUUCCCAUGAGGUAAUGUGGCUCUUGGGCUGAAAAGGUUAUCCCAUGCCUGGGCUGAUUUAUUUGAA